GGCUAUAGAUGUGGACAUGGCUUUUUUUGAGCCCAAAAUGAGAGACAUACUUGAGCAGAACUGCACCAGUGACAAUGACUGCAACUUCUUCGACUGCAUUUCCAAGUGUGAUAAAGCUAAAAACAGAUGUGGGCCAAAACGCAGUAACAGUAACCUUCAGGUGAUCUGUGAGAAGAUCUUCAGGCCUUGGUUUUCUCCCACGCUGCUCGGUGCUAAAGCGGGGCUACCCCUGCAGGUGGCGCUGCAGCGAGCCGUGCAGGAGUGCGCUGAGAUAGACGGCGGGGAGGACGCCAAACGUUCGUGGGCUGUGAGAAAACAGCUACAGGAUCUGCUCGUGGAGCUCAUUCAGGAGGACACGGGAAACCAGGGUGAAGGCCAGGAACACAAGAUGAGACGCGUCCAUACGGCACUUAAUUUCUGAAUUAACUCUCGAAAUGGCUACGAAAGAACAAACCUAUUCAUGUGAAAUUCUGAAGAACAUCUCAGAUGACUAUUACAGUCGAGAUUACGGCUGUUUUCCAACAGCCAGAUACAUUAGCAUAGCUGUUUACUGCUAAUAUUCAAAAUGUCUGUUAACCCUCUGGUGCUGUUCGGUCAUUUUUA